AUGGACUUUGGCUACUUUGGUAACCCUUCACCUGGUGUAAUGGUUGUUCAUUUGGUCAGAACUGGCUCUGAUCACGCCCCACUACUUAUUUCUACGAACAAUCAAUGGGAGCCUAAGAAAUAUUUCAGAUUCUUAAAUUUUUGGACUGAACAAGAGGACUUCUUAAAAGUCGUUGAACAAGCUUGGAACACUAUUGGGAAUAUUUUUGACAAAAUCAAGGAACUACAAAAUAGACUUGCAGAGCUUGAGAACAGAUGUUUGAAUGAUAACUCAGAGUGUAAUAGGAUAGAGUACAACAAUGUGAAUGCUCAGCUUAUCAGGCACAUUAAAAAUGAAGAAUCUUUUUGGAGGCAAAAAGCUGGAUUGAAGUGGUAUUCAGAGGGGGAUAAUAACACAAGGUUCUUUGGUUCUGUUAUCAAUUCCAGAAGGAAAAAGCUAAAGUUAACAAGAAUUAAAAAACAGGAUGGCACAUGGAUUGAAAAUAAGGAUGACAUAGUUACUGAAGCUGUUGCCUUUUUUGAACAACAAUUUGCACAAGAGACUACAUGUAGAGAUUUUUCUAUGCCCAGGAGGCUUCCCAGAGUGAUAGGUGAAGAUGACAACCUGACAUUGGAGGCCAUUCCAACUAUGAAUGAAGUGAAACAAGUGGUCUUCUCUAUGAGUAGUAGUAGUUCACCUGGUCCAGAUGGCUUAUCUGGGAAAUUUUUUCAUCAGUGCUGGGAUAUUAUUGCUAAGGAUCUUUAUGAUGUUAUACUGGAUUUCUCUUUUGAUAGUUGGUCUCUAACAACUGGUAUUCCAUUAAUUUCAAUGGAGUUAGGCAUGGAUUUUGCAAAUCCUCAAGAGGUCUCAAACAAGCCACUAUCUCCCUCACUAUUUGUUAUUGGAGUUGAGCUAUUAUCUAAUAUGAUGGAUAAAUUGAAGAAUGAGAAUUUCAUCCCCUUUUUCGUGGACCAUGGAAGUCCUUUGAUCACUCAUCUUACAUAUGCCGAUGACACUAUACUCUUUUCCUCUGGGGACCUCCUAUCCAUUUCCAUGAUAAUAAGGAAGCUAGAAAAUUGUGAGCAAGUCUCAGGCCAAAUGGUGAAUAAAAGGAAAUUUUCUUUUCUGGUAUCUCCAUUUACUCCUAUUUCUAUCAUAGAGGAUAUCAAAUGCAUUACUGGUUUUUCUCAUUCCCCUUUCCCUUUUACUUAUCUGGGUGCCCUUUUUACUAUGGAAGAUUUGUUUUUUGUUAUUUUGGAAAUAUGGUGGCCAAAAUAG